AUUAUACGCAUGCGUAUUUUGAACGUAAUUGUCGUCUGCAUCUCUCAAGAGUCUGAUUUAUAAUAAUUUAAUUUUCACUUAUUAUAAAAAUCAUUAACUAAAGCUGUUCGAAAUAAAAUUUGUUCUAAGAGAAUGCACAUUAUUAAAAUUUUGCCUAAGCCACAUUGUUCUUUGAGAAAACCAUAAGUUGUGUUAUGAUUGAUGUAUUAAAGUGAGGUUAAAAUGAGAAUUUUUUUAAACAUUUUGAAAAUGUUCAUUGCGUUUCUCUCCGAUUACGCACGUGGCUUGUCUUAUACUGUCACUACGAUUUUAAUUUUAUGUUAUUGUUUACAUCCGGCAAGAUUUGCUUCGCAUUAUACAUUUAUAAAAUCUGAAGAUAUUUAUGAUGAAAUGGAAAGAUCAUAUCCACCAAGAGAUAACUCUUGUUCGAUUUCAAUAAAUAAUGAACGGUCUUCACAUUUACUAUAUCCAGAGGAACAUCUACGAGAAGACCCAAUUGCUAUGGCACGUCGUUUAGGAAUCCUUCCUGGAGGACAAUGGAAACCAUUGAAUUGCCAUCCUCUUUUUAACGUUGCUAUUAUCUUACCAUACCGCAACCGGCAAACGCAGCUUGCUAUCUUUAUGAAUUAUAUACAUCCUUUCUUACAGGCACAGAAUCUGAAUUACAGAAUAUUUGUGAUAGAACAAAGUCCUAUGCGAGAAUUUAAUCGUGCCAAAUUGUUUAAUGUCGGAUAUGCAGAGGCAACAAAAAUUAACGAUUUUCAUUGUUUUAUAUUUCAAGAUAUAGAUUUAAUACCACAGAAUCCUAAUAAUAUCUAUGCUUGUACUAAAAUGCCAAGGCAUAUGAGUUCUAGUGUAAAUACGUUCCGAUAUAAUUUACCUUAUACUGGUUUAUUCGGAGGAGCAAUAGCAUUGACUCGCAAGCAAUUUGAAAGAGUUAAUGGCUUUUCAAAUGUCUUUUAUGGGUGGGGUGGAGAAGACGAUGACUUUUAUAGUCGUCUACAAUCAAGGGGACUUCAAAUCACACGGUUUGGGCCUGAUAUAGCACAGUAUUAUAUGAUAAGUCAUAAGAAAGAAUCACCUAGUAGUGCAAGAUUUGCAAAUUUAGAAAAUGCUGCCAGAAGAUAUGAUACUGAUGGCAUUAGCAAUCUUGAAUACAGUGUAUUAAAUCAUCAGCUACGACCAUUGUAUUCUUGGAUAUUAGCUGAUGUUUAAUUUUAACUUUAUAUCCAUUUUUUAUAUAAUCUUUACAGUUUUUUUCUGCUGUACUAUCUACAUUAUUCAAUUUCAUCAAUAUAAUGAAAUGUCACUAGGUGUAGUUAUAGUUUAUGUUUAUGUUGUACAUUUACAAAUUUACAUACAGUGGGUGUAGAAAGUAUUAAUUGUGAGUAGAAAAUGACUGGUAGAUAUUAACAAAUAGUAUAUAUAAGAUUUAGAAUUGUAUAUAUGUUUUACAAUUAUCGUAUUGACAGUGUGAAAUAUUGUCAUUUCUUACAUUACAUGGUAUGAUCUUGGAGUCUAUAUUGUAUUAUCAUGUCCAUAUACUCAUAGUUUCGCAAAGAGAUCGUGCUUGUGGAAUUUUUAAGUUAAACAAAUAAAUAAAUUAUGUGAUAGAUAAAUAUAUAUUAUUAAUAUAUUAUUAUAAAUAUUUAAAGUGAGAAUGUAAGUGGAUAGUGUGCAGUAUUUGUAUGUAUCUAACAAACAUUUAACAAUUUAAAUCUUGAAUUUUUAAGCGACUAAGCACUUUUUAUAGAAAUAUAAUUUAUAUUAAUAGCAUAAAUAUGUAAGUUAAACAAAUAGCGAUUGCAAUUAAAUUAUUCUGUAUCUAUAAUAUCAAAAUAUGUGUAAAGCAAUAAUUAUACUAGUUUUUUAUAUUUUUAAGAAAGCAAUUAAACAACACAUUUUUGUAUAUAGAACUGGAAAGCAUAACAAAACUUUC